UUAUACACGCAUAAUACAAAUGAAUAGUUUAGUAUCUAGGCAAUAGUGUAUUGUAUUGCUGUGAUAUAACUACACGCUGUUGUGUCUAAUUGCCGGUGUAGGAAUCUUGAAUCUUGUCUUCAGGGUCCCCGAGGGUUUGAGUUGUGGUUUAUUACGUAGGUCUAUGCAGGAAGGACGAUUAUGCACUAUUCGAUGGGCACUGGUAUGUGGUCAGUCAGUUGACAUCCUAGAGCCUGUAGAGAACUUGACUUUAGCUAUCCCAGAGGCAUACAUAUUUCGUAUAUCUGUUAUGGCAACAUCGCAUAUGGCAUAGUUGUGUCCAGCAUUAUUCACAUGUUCCGGAGAAUGACAUGCCACGUACAGCUUCUAAGAUGAAAAGAAUGUACAAUAAUGACUGGAAUAUCCCGCCUCACUGCUACUGGCAGAUGGAUACAGGUGGUUUUGCAGUGGUGUAUAAUUCUGUUACUCUAUGAAGCGCUGUAUGCAUUGGCCGUGACUACACGCACUGUACCCAAUGGCUCGAAACCGACGUUAUCGAUAUUGUCAUCGGAUAGCGCUAUAACGGGAACUCGCCCUUAUAAGGGGUUUGUAUUCAAUGAUGCACGUGGAUAUUAUCCUGAGACCGGGCGUGUAUCUAGAUCUAAAACUGCAAACAUCAAGUCGCGGGGACUACGCACGUAUUCUACAACUGAGGAGUCCCUAGAGGAAGAUCUGAUAAAUGAAACGGAUGAAAGCGUUGUACCAGACAACACGGAACUUGAGGCCGCCAGUAGCGUUAAUCAGGAAUAUGUGGAGCUACAGGAUGGCCCCGAAGUGCCACGGCCAAGGUUAUCGGAGUACAGUACCGACGACAUUGUCGUGCUGCAGGGCCUAGAAGCAGUGCGCAAGCGCCCUGGUAUGUAUAUUGGUAACACAACAGAAACCGGGUUGCACCAGCUACUAUUCGAAAUCCUGGACAAUUCAGUUGAUGAGUACCUAGCGGGCUGCUGCAAUAAGAUUACAGUAACCCUGCGUGCAGACGGGUCAGCUGAGAUAUCGGACAAUGGUAGAGGUAUCCCAUGCGAUGUAUCCGAGAAGACUGGCAAGUCUGGUUUGGAAACUGUGCUGACUGUAUUGCACUCCGGUGGUAAAUUCAACGACACUACGUCAAAGCCGACUCCAGAGGACCAGGUCGAUGAAUUCUAUGAUACGCAUAUAUCUAGAAAAUUCAGAUCACAGCACGUGCGCGGGCUGCGGAAGCGCUUAAAGGAUGCCAGUAGUAACCCUUACGAAUAUGCCUCAGGGCUCCAUGGAGUAGGGCUGUCCGUGGUAAAUGCGCUUAGCGCGUGGCUGCGCGCUGAUGUUUACAAAGGUACGAAGCAGUACAGUAUCCAGUUAUCCAGGGGCAUGGUGACUGAACCCUUGUCGGUAUCCAAGUGCGCUAAACGUACUGGCACCACUAUAUCGUUCAUGCCGGAUUACGAUCACGUGUUUAUAGCGCACCACGACCAUCAGGUGGAUACUGAAUGCCCCGGCUGUGCCAGUGCGUUUAAUCACGAUACGGUGCGAAACCGUAUAGAGGAGCUGUCCUACGUCAAUCCCAUGCUUACACUGCGGCUAGUGGAUGAACGACUGGUGAACGAAGAUGGAAGCUUCCAUGAGGAGACGUUCAUGCACAAGGGAGGUACCCGAGAAUUCCUCCAGGAUAUCAUCAAGGACCGAGUGCCGCUAUACAAGUCAGCCAAUAUCAUCAACAUACGAGGCAAGUCUGGCGGAGUGGAAGUAGAGGUGUCCCUGAGCUGGGCCGCUGAAACCUAUGCGGCCCAGCUCAAGGGGUUCGCUAAUAACGUAAGUACAUCCGCAGGCACGCAUAUUGAAGGCUUCAAGGCAGCUAUAACCAAAGCAGUAAACCACGCAUGCCGACGUGCUGGGCUAUUCAAGCAUAAGGCACCAUCAAUCAGUGGAGAAUUCAUACGAGAAGGGCUUACCGCCAUUAUAUCGGUCAAGCUUAUGGGUGCUGAAUUCGACGGUCAAACGAAAUCUAAAUUGGGUAACCAAAUUGCACGCACUGCAGUGGAGCGUAUAGUGUCGUACCAGAUGAACGAGAUCCUGGAAAAGCACCCGCAGCUGCUAACGGCAAUAUAUAACAAGUCAAUAGCAGCGAAGCGAGCUUUCGAGGUGGCGAAGCACGCCAAAGAACUUGUAAGGCAGAAGAACGCCAACUUCUUGACAACAGGGCUGCCUGCCAAACUAUCGGAUUGUACAUCCAACGAUAUAGGACUGACUGAACUGUUUAUAGUCGAGGGUGAAAGUGCCGCUGGUAACGCUAAACAAGCCCGUAACCGAAGGUUCCAGGCAGUAUUGCCACUUAAAGGUAAAAUCCUAAAUAUCGAAAAAAUCAGCAGUGACUUGAAAGUCAUGGAAAAUGAAGAGAUCAAGCUACUGAUAUCGUCAAUCGGGCUAGCUGUCAAUCCACAAACAUGGAGGCAAGAUACUUUGAGCCACGUGGAAAACAUGGUGCCCACAUCAACGAGGGAUGCCUUAGUGGCUACAGGGCCUGUAGGUACAACUGUGGAUACUACAGAGGCUAGCAGCAGUGACUCUGUGGAUAAUAAUAAUGUUACCGCCACAGAUAAUCUAGGUAACAUCCCAGUAGAUGCCAGUUCACUGGCACAACUACCGCUGCGAUAUGGUAAAAUCAUUUUGCUGACGGAUGCCGAUGUUGACGGUGCGCAUCUAAGGAUACUGCUGCUGGGACUGCUGUUUCGUAUAUGCCCACAGCUAUAUGAACAUGGUAGGGUGUACAUAGCAUGCCCGCCGCUAUACCGUAUCACCAAUAUGCGCAAAGGCAACAAAGCAAGGAAUGGCCCUAAUGCGUCCGCAUACACAUACGCUUGGAGCGAGGAGGAGCUGCCAAUUGCCAUUAACAAGGAGAUGGCACCUUACAACUUAGAUAGCGUGCCUAGUGAGGAUAUAGCAGAUACCGAACAAACGCCAGAAAUUAAGCCAGACUCAAUGCGAGGUAUAACAGUACAGAGGUUCAAGGGACUGGGUGAAAUGAUGGCCCAGCAACUGUGGGAUACCACAAUGAACCCUGAUAAGAGAAUACUGCGUAGAAUAUCAGUGCAAGACGGUAUGCGCGCCUCGAAAAUGCUGGAGCUGCUCAUGGGUGGAGACGUGCAGUCACGCAAGGAGUUUAUAUUCACACAUGCCGAUGCAUUCCAGCUACAUGACCUAGAUAGGUAGCCCGGCACAAUGCAUUGGGCACGCACAGUGACUAAUGCCACGUACAUCCCCUAUGUUGUACAGUAGCCCA